GGGGGAGUCUUGCCCUGACCCUCAUGUUGAUGAUUCUUCGAGAGAUAUGCACCGACGCCUUUGCGAAUACUGUCGGAAUAAUCCUUUCUCCUUCGAUGCCCUUCAAAGUCGUAGGGAAUGGGUGCCUCCAUGGGAACAGGUGCAGCAGCUCAAAGACACCUGCAACUGGUGCAGCUUUGUCUAUCGAUUAGUGAGAGAAGCCCAAAAGGCAUUUGAAAAGCAAUGGGGAGACUCCAAGGCAGAUCCAGCACAAAAUCUCUCCGUAUAUCUUCAACGUGUCGACGAUUACCAGGAUGUGGAUCAGUUUCCCCAAUCUCUACGCGUUAAGAUCACUGUUGCUAUCUUUGUCGACUCUAGCACGGGCACUCGUCGGUUUGGCUCUGAAUUACUGGUAUACACUGAAGAUAACGAUCAUGCUGCUCGUUUCAUCACUGGUCAUGAUAUCCUUCGGGAGAUCGAUCAAACCUCUACUUACACGCAGGUACUAAAAUGCGUUGAGAAUUGUUCGAAACACGAACGCUGCCAACAUCCUAAGCCUGCAAAUCUCCCGACACGACUUCUGGAUUGUACCGACCCCAGCCAGCCGCGACUUUUCAUUAGCACUGGGACGGAGAAGGAGUAUUAUGCCGCACUCAGUUACGUCUGGGGUGAAGAACAACCAAACAUGACGACUUCCAACAAUCUCGAAGCAUAUGUGAAGGCCAUCGACUUGCAGCUUAUACCAAGGACGAUUCGCGACGCGAUCACGGUCACGCAUAAACUGGGCUUGCGUUUUCUAUGGGUUGAUUCAUUCUGUAUUAUACAGGACUCGAAGGAAGACAAGCGUCGUGAAAUCCCCAACAUGCGUCGGAUCUACCACAACGCAUACGUUACCAUUGUGGCAGCAUGUGCGAGACGCGUCAGUGCUGGUUUCCUCCACAUAAGGGACGUCUAUCCCCGUCCCGAAUCUCGAGCUACGGUUCCCUUCCUCUGUCCCGAUGGCAUCAUGGGAACGAUAACUUUGUGCACAGAUGGGAAUGCCCCCGACGAGGCGACAUACGAGCGUGCCUGGUGUGUAGAAGAGCGAGUUUUAUCCCCGCGCAGCCUGGUCUAUUGCACUCACACCCUUCAAUACCGAUGCCAAACCGUACACAUCAAUGUUGACGGAACGCCGCAUUUUGUGUCACCUCGACCGUUUGGCAGCGGUACAAACUCUGCAGAGUAUCGCCCAUUUGCGGGCGAGGUCAACCGAAGGUUAUCUGACUUUGUAUUUGCGGCCGAUGCGAGAGUCGUUCAAGGAGACCUUGAGGAAUCUGAGAUGUGGAGGUCCUGGCGCGGCGUUCUCGCUGAUUAUACGAGGUGUUACCUCACCAGUCCAAAGGAUCGGCUAGUCGCCAUUGCUGGUGUCGCUGAGCAGUUUGACCGCUGCUGGCCGACCGGUGGUUACAAGGCAGGCCUUUGGCUAUAUCAGCUCCCUAGGUGCUUGUUGUGGAAGACAGUGAGGUCUGCUCCAAGACCAGAAAUGUACAGAGCGCCUUCUUGGAGCUGGGCAGCUGUUGACGGAGAGAUUGAUGUAGAUCCUGAUGGACAUGGGGUCAAGUCGUCCAACAGAAGUUAUGUUUGCACUGUAGAGUCAUGUCAAGUGGUAUCGGUAGACAUGUCCCAUCCCUACGGUGAAGUAAGGGGUGGUAGCUUGACUAUCCGAGCAAUAGUCAGGACGGUAAUUUGGGAUUGGGAUCUGAUUGGCCGUUUCGAGCUUCAAGAAGAGGAGCCUCUCAGGUUUGUGGUGCCGUGUGCGAGUAUGACUGAAGAUAGUGUGGGGGACUUGUCCAAAGACACCUUGAACAAAGCGGUUGUCGCUGUACUGCAAGACAAACCAAGUGUUCGAGGGCUCGUAUUAGUACCGGAUACCACUGACAACCAUUGCGGUAGCACCGUUCGGACCGUUUAUCGACGGGUCGGGGAGUUCAAGGCCUGGCCUGGGUGUAGAGAAAAGUGGGUAGCAGCACCUCAACAAUUAGUGACAAUCGUAUAGAUUACCAGAGACGUAGCGGUUCGAUAUACUCGGAAAUUUCUGUUUUUUGACCCUUGAGCCAUAGUCACAACUGUUACAUGCUUUAUGGCCUUCCUGUAGUCGCCUCCUCAACGCACUGUCGAACUCUUCAA